CGAAUAUUUUUGGAUUUGGUAAUUUCGUUGAGGGCAAUGAUGGGAAUUGUUAUUUACAAAGAGGACAAAGUCCGGAACAAUUUGUUCCUGCAGGAUUUGUUAUGAUGGCAAUUUUUUGUUGGGUGAUUUUUGGAUUGAUUGCAAUCCGAAUUCUUAAGAUGUGGGAUUCUUUAAACGAAAAGAAGCAAAUAAGACAAAAAUGGCGAGAAAUUUUGUUUGUUGAUGGAUUAUUUUACUUAGGUUUAAUAGCAUUAUUUCAAACGAUAAACGUAAUCUUCAUUUUAGCAUCCCAAGGUUUCUUUGAACGAUUCAUCAACGUAACGCCAACCCUAAUUCUCACAUCAAUAUGUGCUAAACACCUCAUAUUUGCAAAAUCCAACAAAAAGAACAAUAAUAAUUCUAUGACAGCACCUCUGAACGUCAAAGUUCAAGAUAAUGAUUCAUUCAUAAUAAAUGACAUAUUAGAACCACCAAUAUUAACUAUUUCACGUGAUCGAAGCCGAAGCAUAUUACCAACUAAUUCAACUAAUUCAUUUGCCGGAGUUCCCAAUUCAUUUGCCGGAGUUCCCAUUUCACCAACUAAUUCAGUUAAUUCAACAAAUUCAGUUAAUUCAACAAAUUCAAUUAAUUCAACGAAUUCAUUUGCUGGAAUUCCAAUUGCUCCACCAACACCAAUAAUGAUUUCAGAUUUUGGUCCUUCAUUGACAACUUAUUUUAAUAAUUAUACUACAACGAAUCUAGACAAUAGUCGACCAAGUAGUAAACAACAUAGUCGACCACAUACAGGUUACAAGUUGUCCAAUCUACAAGUCAGACCGGAAGUUAUAGCAGUCGUUGAAUUUGAUGAUGAUGUAUUUUUAUUUCCUGCUAUACCACCACAAAACCCUUCAAAAUCAAAUGUUAAAGGAAAAUUGACUAGUGUCAAUAAACCAUUACCACCAAAACCUGGAUUUUUCUAG